AAUCCUGACAUUAAAAUUCCGCGGAUACAGCCUAUUGAGCAAGGAGAGCCGCUGGCAUCCCGCGCCCAGGGCCUGGUGGGCAAAUUUGUCGAUGAGUUCGGCAACAUCCUAGACUGGGAUGGCACCGUGCUGGGGUCGGUAGAGGGGGAUCUUCCAUCCAUGGUGGGACGGCCUGUGUCUGAGUCCGGCGAGAUCCUGGAUAAUGCCGGAGAGGUGGUGGGAUAUGUCUCUGAGAACCACACGAGGCCGACUCUGAGCGACCUGGAGGGUGGUUUGAAGAUUGACGGGGCUGGCAACAUUUACAACAAGAAUGGCGAUAUUGUUGGGAAGAUGAAUGGACCUUCUACGGGGGAGGAAAAGGCUUCUGGACAGCAGAAUGCGGAUCAGAACAGAACAUCGCAUGAUGCUGGGAAGGGGAAUGCUUCAACACCAAGCCCGUCGGAGGUGUAUCUGGACGUCAAAUCGACACACGACGGCAUUCAGCUUAUUAUCAAGAUACCCACCAUUUUU